GGGUUAUGGGCAAGUCAGAAAGUCAGAUGGAUAUAACUGAAAUGAACUCUCCAAAACAAAAGAAAAAACCACGAUGGAGUGCCAUGGAAAUUGGGCUUGUGGUUGUAGUAAUCCUUCUUGCUAUCAUAGGCAUCACCAUGAUAAUUCUGUACGCCACCCGUUCCGAUGCUGUUUGUGUAACUUCUGAUUGCGUAAAAUCAGCUGCCCGAAUCCUAGAAAACAUGGAUACUACAUCUGAACCUUGCAAAGAUUUUUACCAGUACGCUUGUGGGGGAUGGUUAAAGAAGAACAUCAUUCCAGAGACAAGUUCCCGUUACAGUAACUUUGACAUUUUAAGAGAUGAACUAGAGGUUGUUUUGAAAGAUGUCCUCUCUAGGGAAAACAGCAGUGACAUAUCAGCUAUUCAAAAAGCAAAAACUCUCUACAGAUCUUGUGUGAACGAAACUGCUAUUGAUCUCAGAGGAGGACAACCUCUCAUUAACAUAUUGGACACUAUUAAUGACUGGCCUGUAGCAACAGACGACUGGGACCAAACAUAUGGUCCCAGCUGGACAGCUGAGAAGUCUAUUGCACAACUAAACUCCAAUUAUGGGAAAAGGGUCAUCAUUAACCUGUUUGUUGGCACAGAUGAUAAGAACUCCACACAGCACAUACUUCAUAUUGAUCAGCCUGGACUUGGACUGCCUUCCCGUGACUACUAUGAAUGCACUGGAUUAUACAAGGAGGCAUGUUCAGCCUAUGUUGAUUUCAUGAUUUCUGUAGCAAAACUGAUCCGCAAUGAAAGAAAUCUCACCAUCAAUGAGACCCAAAUUUCUAUGGAAAUGAGAAGAGUAAUGGAUCUGGAAAAAGAGAUUGCAGAUGCGACAACCAAAUCUGAUGACAGAGUUGACCCGCUUCUGCUAUACCACAAAAUGACAUUUGCUGAUGUCCAAAAGAACUUCACUUUGGAAACCAAUAACCAGCAAUUCAACUGGUUAACAUUCAUAAAUAAUAUAAUGACCGCUGUGGGCAUCGAUAUUCAAAAUACAGAAGACGUGAUUGUUUAUGCUCCAGAAUAUCUAGUCAAACUAAAGCCUAUUCUUGUUAAAUACACUCCCAGAGAGCUUCAAAACUACAUGAGUUGGCGAUUCAUAAUGGAUUUGGUAAACACUCUAAGCCAAAACUACAAGGACACAAGGUCUACUUACCGUAAGGUGCUCUAUGGCACAACCUCAGACACUGCUUCAUGGCGCCGCUGUACCAACUACGUCAAUGGCAAUAUGGAGAAUGCUGUGGGAAGGCUGUAUGUACAAGCAGCAUUUGCUGGAGAGAGUAAACACAUGGUACAAGAUAUGAUUACACAAAUCCGUGAAGUUUUCAUAAAAACACUGGAUGAAUUGAGUUGGAUGGAUGCAGAAACCAAAAAGAAAGCAGAAGAAAAGGCUAAAGCCAUUACAGAAAGGAUUGGCUAUCCUGAUGUGAUCAUGUCAGACAAUGAUAAGCUGGAUAAAGAAUACAAAGAUCUGAACUACAAAGAAAAUGAAUACUUUGAGAACAUAAUUCAAAACUUAGUGUUUGACCAGAAGCAAAGGCUGAAGAAGCUCAGAGAGAGGGUGGACAAGGAAGAGUGGAUAAGCGGAGCAGCUGUAGUCAAUGCCUUUUAUUCAGCAAACAGGAAUCAGAUUGUCUUCCCUGCAGGUAUUUUGCAACCACCCUUCUUUAGUGCAUCCCAGCCUAAGUCCUUGAAUUACGGUGGCAUCGGCAUGGUCAUUGGCCAUGAAAUCACCCAUGGCUUUGACGACAAUGGUAGAAAUUUUAAUGAGAAAGGGGACCUUGUAGACUGGUGGACUGAAGACUCUGCAAAAAGGUUUAAGGAACAGUCUGAGUGCAUGGUGUACCAGUAUGGAAACUUCACGUGGGAUCUAGCUGGAGGACAACAUCUGAAUGGAAUCAAUACCCUUGGAGAAAACAUUGCAGAUAAUGGUGGCAUUAGACAAGCAUACAAGGCCUAUGAAAACUUUGUAAAAAAGAAUGGAAAAGAGAAAUUGCUUCCUGGCCUUGACUUCAGCCACAAGCAGCUGUUUUUCCUGAACUUUGCCCAGGUAUGGUGCGGAACCUUCAGGCCGGAAUAUGCUGUCAAUGCCAUUAAAACAGAUUCACACAGUCCGGGCAAUUUCAGGGUCCUGGGAACAUUGCAGAACACUCCAGAGUUUUCCGAGGCCUUUCAGUGCACCAACACAGACUACAUGGAUCCUAAGAAAAAGUGUCGCGUUUGGUGACAGAACUACAAACAGUGCAACCCAAAGGACAAAACUUCCCAGGAAUCUGGGACAUUUUAUGGGUGGCGGGAGUGGAUUUGCCACGGAAGGAACGACAGACACACAUCGAGAGCACCAAAGCAAUGCAGCUUCCAGAAGGAAGGAAAGACUGCUGAGAGCACCCGUGCCAACUAUUAUUCUGACUAAACUUGGGAAACUAUAAAUCACUGCAUACAUAAAAUUCCUGCACUUACGGUGUUAUAGUUUAAUUCUGAAAAUCAUUUUGCCUGCAGGCUUUAUUUUAUGUUUUACCCUGUUCUUCGACACGAUUGCUUGAAAGCAAGUCUCACGGGUCUCCAUGGAACUUGCUUCCAUGGAAGUGUACUUAGCAUCACAGCCUUAACAACCUGCUGCCCUGAGAAUGUGCACUGAUAUUUCUAAUCAGACAGAAAGGAACACCAAGGAACAUGUUAUCUUCGAUGUGGAAACAUAAGAAUGAGUCAAGAGUUUACAUCCAAGUGUUGGAUUCUCUAACAUCUCUUAUCACGGUUCAUGUGCUUUACCAAAUGUUUAUUUUCCAGAGGUGGCCUUAGAAACUGAAUGAACAAAGAGAAAUCUGUUGGAGCCUAAACAUUCAACAUUUGUGAGCAUUCCAAAUUCAGUGCCCUCAGAAUUUUGUUGACAUCUGCACAUCCCCAUGCCAUGGUGAAUACAUACGUGAAGCUGCCUUAUACUGAAUCAGGCCCUUGGUCUGUCAAGGUCAGUAUAGUGUACUCUGGCUGGCAGUGGCUCUUCAGGGUCUCUGGUAGAGGUCAUCCACCCCUCUUACUAUCUGACCCUUGUAACUGGAGAUGCCAGGGAUUGAGUAUGCAGCCUAGAUACUCUACCACUGGCCCUUCCACCUGUGGUCCCAAUCCAGUUGUAAGAUAAGUAGUCAUGUAUAACAACUGCUGACGCUUGCUGUAGAUGUCCAUCUCCACUGGCUUCAAGAGAUGCACCUAGGUAGCAACAGGGCUCAGAUUAAUAUUGUAGUGUGUGUGUAUGCAUGAGAGCCAGUUUGGUGUAGUGGUUAAGUGCAUGGACCCUAAUCUGG